GUGGAGGCCUUGGCGUCCUGCUUUGAAGCUGGCGAUUUUCUCCGGGAUUGGACGCGGCAUCCGCGAUCCCUCGAGCUGUUGGCCCAGCUGGAGUCUCGCCUCGCCUCGACCCAAUCGCACCUAGACCGCUUGAGGGCUGCAUCACACAUGCGGAACAAGAAGAUCAAGGCCGCCGAUAGGUUCGAGCACGAGGACACGUUGCUCGUUCAAGCUGCGGGCCUGUUGAAAGCCAAGUGCGCCGACAUUGCAAAGCAGAAGGUUUGCCAGGCCACUGUGUCGUUCGAGGUGCUGUCCAGGGAAAUCGAGGGCUUCCCACAACAGGUGGUCAAUCACUCGACCUACCACGUCGAGUCUUUUGGACAUACCUCCCUUGAAGAAUGCUGGACCUAUGCUGCUCGGGGUCUCGACGCCUCGCGGUUGCCUGGCACGCAUAUCCAGUACGCCGAGGUCCUGGUGAGCAUGUUCCCUUCCUUCGUGGCAAAAGUCCAAGCGAUGGGAUACAAAAGCGUCGAGCACAACGCCGGCACGUGGAAGUUGACAGCGACAUGGUUGACGGGCUCUGACUUCAACAUGCUCCUCUCCGACCCCUGCGUCUGA